GGAGACUAUUUUCAAAUGUAAUAUAACGAUGUGUUAAUAAAGUGUACAGUGCGUGUGUAUGUUCAAUUGUUUCAUCGACUACUUUGCCACAUAGUUUUUGAUUAAUCAAUAUGGCCGGUCAUGUUUGCUGGAAACAAUCGAAGAUCGUCAAACGUGAAAGUCAUGCAACUAUUUCAUGAAAUGAAACAACAAUUUCCCACCAUUCCCGACCAUCUGGUAACGUCUUCUAUAACUUCAUAUAUUCAAUCAAAUUCGAAACAAAAGAAUAUUGUCGAUUUUAUAGAAAAAACAUUAGCAGAUUAUAAUUUAGCGCAGAUGGGACGAACCUCUCAACAAUUGGAAUUACCCCCCUUAGACAUAUCUUCCACGCUGCAAGCGAAUGUUUCAGAAACGGCAAAGUUUAACACUUGUCAAACCGAAAUGGACGAAAGUUUAAGUGGUAAUAAGCAAAAUAGUGAAAAUAUAGAGGCCAAAGAUUUUUGUAAAACUGUAACAAAACGACCAAAUUAUCUUAAUAUUGAAGGUAACAGAAGUGAAACUAAAAAGACGUUUAAUAUUCAGCUAUCAGAAAAGUGCAAAGAUGUCCACAAAUUACUUAGUUCCGAAUUUAGUGAGAAACCACCACGAUCUCCUCAAAGCAUCAAACAAUUUACGGUUAAAGAAUCUGAGUCAAAAUUAGAACAACCUCUUGAAUUGCAAGGACGGCAUAAUACUGAGUUAUUAGGUGAUAUAAAAAUGGAAACAUGUUCCACGCCUGCCCAAACUACGGAUACGUUAAUAGGCAAUCAAAACGUAAAUCUCUCUUUAAACGUCAAUUGUUCGGUAGACUUAGUACAAAGUCCAACUCAACCAAAGCGUACAACAGCACUACAACUAACUCCUUCUCAGCCUUGGUUGCAAGUACCUACGUCACCAAGGAGUUUUACCAGUGUUAAUCUCACAUUGAGACCCCCAACUUCUAGUGCUCAAUAUCCAAUUGAUAUAACAUCACAAAAUUCCAGUUUAACAUAUUCUACCAGUAGUUAUGACUCACAAAAAGGACUACAGAGUAGAUUACAGAUUACUGUGGGGCCUAGCAAUGGAAGUGUAUCUUCACUCCGAGUUAGACCAAAAAGUUACCAUCCACAAGAACAUCACAAACAAGUGGUUUCAGUGAGAGCUGGAUCCCUUAAUAAUUUGUCAGCCAAUACCGACCCUCCAUUAGCUUUAAAGCAACAAGCACGAAUAGAGAGAUUACGAUUAGAACUAAACACAGAAAAGGCUAAAUUACUUUUAAUGAAGCAAGAAAUUCAAGAAUUAGAGAAAAGUAGACUUCAAAGUGAGAUAAAUGCAGAAAUUGAGAAACAUUUAAUCAAAGAAAUUAAACAUCUUCGAUUUCAAUGUAAUGAUUUAGAAUUAGAUGGUGAAGCAUUUUAUAACAACAUAUAUACAGGACAGGGUAUAAAUGAGUUUUCCAUACCAAUUCCAAGACUGCGACAGAACACCAGACGACGUUUGCAUCACCAACCAACUCCCAAAUUUGAAGGUCCCAAGUGGAACUGUGAGUUAUGUACAUUCCUUAACCACCCUAUAUUGGACAAAUGUGAGCAGUGUGACUUCCCGAGAAUAUUGCACGGUACGAAAAAAGCAGAGACUAUUAAUCCUAACGUAACUGUUGGUACUUUGCGCAUGCUUAACAAUAUUGAUAUCGGCCGUACUUCUAGAUCGCUCAGUCUUAAUAACGUUCCUAGGGAACAAGUCACGAGACCGAUCGAAUUUGUAAUUAACGAAAAUGACCAGCAGCCUAGCAUGCCAAUGCAGAUUAACACCAGCCACUCAGCACCAAAUAUGCUUAAUACAAUUUUUAUUAACAAAAAUUAAGUUUAGUUCUAAUUUAUAUGUGCGGCAUUUUUACUGACAAAUAAGACUUUUAGUGGCAAUUAUUGUACCUUAAGGUGUUUGCAACUUAUUUCAAAGUAUUUUUAUAUACUGUUAAUAUGUUGAUUUAAUAAAAUUAUAUUGAAAUUAUU